AGAAAGAGAGAGAGAGAGCACAAUACAGCAACCUAUAGCCAAAAGAGUCAAAGAAAAAUGAACUACGCUCUAUUUUGCAUUCUUUUCAUAAUAGCAUGUACCCACGCUCAUGACAAAGUUGUCCUUAGUUCACUGGUUGGUCGCUGGACUUUUGAGAAAGGACAAGAACUUAAGGAUCUCAUAGGAAACUUUGGAGACAUUGUGCUAAAAGGAGCAGUAAUACAAAAUGGGAACCUAGAUGUAAGUGCAGGUAAAUGGGCCAUUUCUCCUUCAUACACGGGACCAUCAAUAUCAGAGAAGACACUGGUAUCAUGGGUAUUGAUACAGAACCCAAAUGUACAGUCCGGAUCAGCACUGACUAUUGAUAAGCUUUCCACUGAUGAAUUUGAUGCUAUUGUGUAUGGAGAAUUUCAAACUCAUCGAUGGGCGUCUGGAAGUAGUAACGGCAAACGUACAGAGCGGAAUCCUACUCCAGGGUAUCACGAAACAAAUACUAAAGUUUACAACCAGAUUGCCAUUACAUAUAGAAACAAUAAUGGUAAAGCACACGUGAGGCUUUACCACGAUGGAGUCAAGUUUGGAGAGUACACCAAAGGACCAUUAGGAGUUUGGCCAAGAGGAGAUGCAGAAAUAUUCUGGGGAUUACGUCAUGGCAAUACAAGAGGUGGACCAGGAAACUUGGAUAUGCUGAUUGAAGAGUCUCGUAUAUAUGCUAGUGUACUGACACCUGAAGAACUGAAGAGUCUGAGGCCACUGUGCUAAGAGCUAAAGGAACAAUGACAGUGUAGUGUAGUCCAUAUGCAUACAUGUAGUGACCUUAGAACACAUUGUAGUUUCUUUUGUUUGGAGUUUUUUAAAAUAAAACAUUAAACCUUCAGUGGUCCACAUAAUA